AUGCUGCAUUAAAACUAACCUUAAUCAAGGCUUAUCUUAAGCAGAUAAGUUAAGGAUAUCAAUACCACCUAUGAUCAAAAAAAAUAACUUGACAAUUCUAUGUAUUACUCUAAAGUUAGAGUAAAUACUGAUUCUUCUCCCAAGCUUCAUGGGUUACCAGGUUAGAAGUUUCUGAGUCCUAAAGGUGAAUAAAAAUUAGAUCAAAAAUAAACCAGUUACUAAGUAAAGUCCACAAUAAGUCCAAGUAGCAACUUAAAGACUAUAAAUUAUUUAGAGAUGAUAGAAAAAAUAAAGCAAUAAUCAUGUGAAGAAAAACAUAACUUAAUUUUAGUCAAAUUUUACUAAGAAAAUGAAGGAUAAAACAAGCAAACAUAAAUUGAAAAGUGUUAAACUCUUCCUGCAUCUUUAACAACUUAAUUAGUAAAUAAUCUGAUGGGUUGCUCAAGCUAACUUGCAACAGAGAGCAAGGUAGAAAGUGAAAGAUAAUCUAGUGUUCUGAAAGAAACUACCAACCUUGAUUCAACUAAAUAAGGAUUUUUCCUAAAUAAAGAUAAAAGUUUUGAAGUUGACUCUUACAAAUUAAAUGAGGGAAAGCAAAAUUUUAGCUUUUUAUCAAAAGCAAAAGAAGAAGUUAUUGGCUUUAAAGAAAUAAGACUAAGUCCUCACAAACAUUCAUAUACAGAAUCAAAUCUUAAAAUAUUUGAAUCUCCAGUGACAGCAAGGAGCUAUGAAGAAUCAGAUUUUAAAUUUUCAAAUAAGAGAGUUUAAACUCCUAGCUUCAAUAGAUGCUCUAAAUAAUACGAAAAAAACUACCCCAAGUUAUAUGAUGAACUUUAUGCAUCCUCAUUCUAAUACCCUGAAUAUGAAGAUCCAAUACUAGAAAAAGAAAACAGAUCUGAAAUCGUAGAUGAAUAACCAUUCUAAAAUUAAAGAGAAAAUUUCAUAUCUUUUGCUUAGAAUUUCAGUUUUAGGAAGGAGACUUUGUUUGCAAGUAGUAAUUUUAUCAUUUAAGACGGAAGCAAAGCGACUUAUUUUGGAGAUUAUUUUACUAAAAAAGAACUGUAAAAUGAGAAUAGAAUUAAGUCAUAACUAAGUUAUAUCCCAACUAGUGAUGAGCUAAAAAAUAAUUUAACCUAGUCAAAAAUAUUAUUUGUUCCCCUCACUUCACAUACAGCUCAAACUCCUAAGACUAAUUUGAGCUAAAGUCUUCUUUAAGAAAGUAGAAUUACCUUGAAUUCGCCCUAACCGAAUUAAUAUUAUCCUUAGUAUGCAACUUACAAUUCUCUUAUGAGUCCUAUUAAUUAUAGUUCAAUUACAUAAAGCAAAGAAAACGUUUAGAGCUAAUUAACUUUAGAUAAUGUUGCUGAACCUUUAAGUAGUCCUACAAACUGCUAAGUUAAUAACUUUAAAGAUUAUGCUUAGAGCUCAACUUCUAACACAAAGUUUUCUACAUCUUUUGUUUCUUCAACUUUACCUAUUACAACUCCCUCUUCUUCUCAAAGUAGCUAUACAAACUCAACCCUACCUCUUGGCUUAAGAGAUAUUAAUAUUUAACAGUAUUUGAAGAGUAGCACUAUUCCAGAUUACAAACCUCUUACAAAUUAAUAAUCAACUCUUAAUUAUUCAAAGAACCCUUUAGUUACAUGCCAAAACUAUUUAACAAAUUACUUAACAGGCUAAAAAUCAAAUGAAAACUAUCCGUUGAAAUCAUAUUUGAAUACACAAACAGAAAAUGAAUAAAUAAAGCACAAAAAGAGUUAUUUGAAUGAAAAAAGAGAAAAUCAAUAAAGUUCCUUACUUUAUACAAAGCUAUGA